ACCAACGUAGUCGUAACGCGGAAGCAUCGACGCCAUUUUGAACGACGAGCACGGCGAUGGUGGCGCGGAACACCGCAUGCCGCUGGGUCGUUCACUUCCUGCGACGAAUCUUUCUUUGCUAGAUCGUAGCCACGUGAAAACACCAUGGAGAAACCCGUCGUCCUGGCGCGUGUAAUUAAGGUCCUCGGACGCACUGGAUCUCAGGGUCAGUGUACACAAGUGAAAGUCGAGUUCCUCGGAGAAGAGAACCGACAAAUCAUCAGGAACGUGAAGGGCCCGGUGCGCGAGGGCGACCUCCUAACCCUCCUCGAGUCCGAGCGUGAAGCUAGGAGGCUAAGAUGAGCGGCUCCGGAGUUUCUAUCGACACAUUUAUAUAAAUUUUUUAUGGAACCUUGUUACCAGCGACUGUGUAUUCUUUGGAUCUGCGCUGCACCUAGACGUACGACAAUGGACAUCAAUGUUGACAGUGGUUGUUCUUAAGAAAAAUAUCAUUUGUGACUGUACGCCGAUGAAAAGCUUUCAAGAUUUAGUGCUAUUCUGUCUGGAAUAAACAUUUACUGGUAACCCAUAA